UUUAAAUACCUCUGAAUUUCUAUUUCAUUUUGUAAAAAAUUACAGAAUUCAAUUUGAUGGAAUUUUGUUAUGAAAUUUAAAUAUGUAAAAUCUGGUAAUCACUACGCUUUAGCCCUGAAAUAGAUUUGCGUGCCCUCGCAUUUAGUUUUGCAUUCCCUCAUAAUACAUUUACCAUGGUUUUUGUAGAGUAACCAUAUUUUAACCUUUAUAUUCUUAGUAAAAUCAUAAUAAUAAUAAUACAGAUAAAUGACAACCCUGGUAAUAAAAAUCAUAAUUUUGUGGUUAAAAUAAUAAAAAAAAAUUAAUAAGAGAAUAUUUUAAAUCGAGGUGUUUAAAAAGUAUGAAAGAAUGGGUUGAUAGGGACAUUGUAUUAUGUAUAUAUACAGUAUAUAUGUAUAUAUGUUUGUAUAAAUGUACGUGUCAUGUAGAAAUUAAGCAGUUAAAGCAAACGCAAAAUUUUGUUAAGUUUGAUUCAAAUAAUUUGUUAGGGUGAAGUAAAAUUUAUAAAUAUUAUAUAGACAUUUUGCUCUUAUUUUUUUCUUUAUAUUUUCUUUGUUUUUUUCUUAUGAAUUGUGAAUAGGACUGUAAAUGGAAAUAUUUAAAGAGAUAAUAUAAAACUAGAGAGGUAAAAAGGGUAGGCAUAAUAAGGUUUAGUAAAACCAUAGUUAAACUAUGGUAUUUGUGUAGUAAAACCAAAAUAACCACAACAUUAUGGUUUUUAUUACCAUAGUUUAAUUUUUCUGUAUUAUUAAUAUGGUUUUACUAUGAAUAUCAAAGUUAAAAUAUGGUUACUGUAGUAAAACCAUGGUAAAUUUAUUGCAAGGAACGCAAAACUUAUUGCGAGGCAACGCAAAACUAUUGCUAGGGUACGCAAAACUUAUUGCGAGAGAAAGCAAAACUAUUGCGAGGGAAUGCAAAACUAUUGCGCGUUCGGAAACGCAAAAUGCAUUGCGAGGGAACGCAAAACGCAUUGCGAGGGGAACGCAAAACUUAUUGCGAGGGAACGCAAAACUUAUUGCGAGGGAACGCAAAACUAUUGAGAGGGAACGCAAAACGCAUUGCGAGGGGAACGCAAAACUUAUUGCGAGGGAACGCAAAACUUAUUGCGAGGGAACGCAAAACUAUUGAGAGGGAACGCAAAACUUAUUGCGAGGGAACGCAAAGCUAUUUAGAGGGAACGCAAAACUUAUUUAGAGGGAACGCAAAACUUAUUGCGAGGGAACGCAAAACUUAUUGUGAGGGGAAUGCAAAACUUAUUGAGAGGGAACGCAAAACUUAUUGCGAGGGAACGCAAAACUUAUUGUGAGGGAACGCAAAGCUAUUUAGAGGGAACGCAAAACUUAUUGUGAGGGAACGCAAAACUUAUUGCGAGGGAACGCAAAGCUAUUUGGAGGGAACGCAAAACUUAUUGCGAGGGAACGCAAAACUAUUGAGAGGGAACGCAAAACUUAUUGCGAGGGAACGCAAAGCUAUUUAGAGGGAACGCAAAACUUAUUUAGAGGGAACGCAAAACUUAUUGCGAGGGGAAUGCAAAACUUAUUGCGAGGGAAUGCAAAACUUAUUGAGAGGGAACGCAAAACUUAUUGCGAGGGAACGCAAAGCUAUUUAGAGGGAACGCAAAACUUAUUGCGAGGGAACGCAAAACUUAUUGCGAGGGAACGCAAAACUAUUGAGAGGGAACGCAAAACUUAUUGCGAGGGAACGCAAAGCUAUUUAGAGGGAACGCAAAACUUAUUUAGAGGGAACGCAAAACUUAUUGCGAGGGGAAUGCAAAACUUAUUGAGAGGGAACGCAAAACUUAUUGCGAGGGAACGCAAAACUUAUUGCGAGGGAACGCAAAGCUAUUUAGAGGGAACGCAAAACUUAUUGUGAGGGAACGCAAAACUUAUUGCGAGGGAACGCAAAGCUAUUUAGAGGGAACGCAGAACUUAUUGCGAGGGAAAGCAAAGCUAUUGAGAGGGAACGCAAAACUAUUGCGAGAAUGCAAAAAGUAUUGAGAGGGAACGCAAAACUUAUUGUGAGGGAAUGCAAAACUAUUGAGAGGGAACGCAAAACUUAUUGCGAGGGAACGCAAAACUUAUUGCGAGGGAACGCAAAGCUAUUGAGAGGGAACGCAAAACUUAUUGAGAGGGAACUUAAAACUUAUUGCGAGGGGAAUGCAAAACUUAUUGCGAGGGAAUGCAAAACUUAUUGCGAGGGAACUUAAAACUUAUUGCGAGAGGAAUGCAAAACUUAUUGCGAGGGAAUGCAAAACUUAUUGCGAGGGAAUGCAAAGCUAUUGAGAGGGAACGCAAAACUUAUUGAGAGGGAACUUAAAACUUAUUGCGAGAGGAAUGCAAAACUUAUUGCGAGGGGAAAGAAAAACGUAUUGCGAGGGAACGCAAAACAUAUUGCGAGGGAACGCAAAACUAUUGCUAGGGAACGCAAAACGUAUUGUGAGGGAACGCAAAACAUAUUGCUAGGGAACGCAAAACGUAUUGUGAGGGAACACAAAACUGUUGUGAGAUAAUGCAAAACUUAUUGCGAGGGAACGCAAAAAGUCAGUCUUUUUUUUACCCAUUGGGCCUAGCGGGGCUCCGUACACUACCGGCACUGAUGCACAAUGAUUUUCACAGUUCCGGAAAAGUAUUGUUGUGUGAUUAUUCUUGUGUAUUCUUGUGAACGCAAUUAAUAUACAUUUCUAAAUUUUCAAAAUAUGCUUAUUAUAGUCUCUAUUUAAUUAAAAAUGUAAUGUAUUCAGUCUUAAUCUAUCCCUCGUUUAAGGAAAGCAACAUGUUUUAGCAAAGCAACGUUUCAUUAAAUAAUCACAUUUUCUUUGGUAGUAAUUAAAUACGCAUAUAUGCAUAUAUAAUGUCUUUCCCCUUUAAGUGCUCUUAAUGUUCUUUUUUUUUCUCACUUUUUCAUUUUUACUUUUAAUCUUAUCUUAUAUCUGAAGAUGUUGACAUUGUUACCGAAGGUGUACAGGCACAGUACAUAAAUCUAUCUCUGUAUGUUUUUAUGCGUAUAUUUUACUAUAUGUAAUCCAAACGAAAUGCUGAACCUCAACUGUUGAGCCUAUAAUUUUAUUUUCUUUCCUUAAAAAAAGAACUGAAUGCAAUAACUAGAAAAGAUACGACUCGCAAUUAAAAGUUAUAAACAAUCAAAUGUGCAAAUGACAAACGGUGAGUUAGAUUGAUGUAAAGAUCACAUUAAAUCUGACCUGCACCUGGCUGUUCACACUGAAGGCACAUUGGGAAAAAAACAGAUAUGUUUCCAAUUUAUUUCCACAUAUGAAAGUGGCCUGAUCAGAUUUGAAAAUGUCAGAUUCAGUAUAACAGAUCUGUCAUAUGUGUGUGAAAAAAAACAAACAAAAAAACAGAUUGAGGCCACAUUCAGCUGCAGUGAGAAUGUAGGCAGUCAAAAUGUCAUCUUUGGGUCCUGGGGGAAACAACUUUAGGAACCUCUUAAACUUUAUAAGAGACAAUACUCAGUAUAACAGCUCUUGAUUCCACAACAGACCAAGAGGUGGCGGCAUGCACAUAGUUUGUGAACCAUCAGACAAUAAAGAAGAAGACGCAUAACAUUGCUUUCCAUCUUCAAGUGACAAAGCGUUACAAAACAAGCACUGGAGAAAAAAUGAUGUCUGCAUGAUCUGGAGUUUGUUAAAGAAGAGUGUGAAAACAUGAGUGAUCCAGAACCCUGCAGAAUGAAAGGCCUGUUGGAACUAAAUGAAGUGGAGGAGACAAACCAUGAGUAUCAGAAACCACAUCUUUUCACAACUGGAGAAAAGUCUUUUGGUUGUUCACAGAAUUUCACACAAGAAAGUCCUCAAACCAGAGCUAAAAAUUCUUUAACUUGCCCUCACUGUGGAAAAACUUUCAGACGAAAAGGAGAUCUUAUUAAACACAUAAGAGUCCACACUGGAGAGAAGCCUUUCGCAUGCACUCUGUGUGGGAAACGUUUCAAACUAAAAGGAGAUCUUAGCAAACACAUAAGAAUUCACACAGGAGAGAAGCCUUUCACGUGUCCUCAGUGUGGAAAGAGCUUCACAUUAAAAUCAAACCUUAAGGAUCACGUAAGAAUUCACACUGGAGAGAGGCCUUUUACAUGCACUCAGUGUGGAAAGAGUUUCCCCCGUAAUGAACAUCUUCAGAUUCAUAUUAGAUUCCACACAGGAGAGAAGCCUUUCUCAUGCCCUCAGUGUGAAAAAAGUUUCCGAAAUAAAGGAUAUCUUAAUCAACACAGAGGAAUCCAUGCUGGAGAGAAGCCUUUCACAUGCCCUCAGUGUGGAAAGAACCUCAAAUGUAAAGCAAUCCUUAAAAACCACAUGAGAAUUCACUCAGGAAAGAAGCCUUUUACUUGUCCUCAGUGUGGAAGCAGCUUCACAUGUAAAGCAAACCUUCAAGAUCACAUAAGAAUCCACACUGGAGAGAAGCCAUUCACUUGCCAUCAGUGUGGAAAGAGCUUCAGAUGGAAAAGCAGUCUCGAUAGUCAUCUGCGCCUCCAUUCUGGAGAAAGAUCAUUUAACUGUGAUCAGUGUAGUAAAACAUUUUUCUUGUCAUCAGGCCUAAGAAAACACCUGAAAACUCAUGCAAAUGAGAAGCCUUACUUGUGUCCUACUUGUGGAAAAAGUCUUACAAGUCAGUUCCAUUUAAAAGAGCACCAGAAAAUACAUACUGGUGUGAGAGCUCAUGUAUGUUCUGAGUGUGGGAAAUCCUUCAUUACAAUUGACAGCUUGAAAAGGCACCAAAUAAUUCAUACUGGAGAAAGACCUUACAAGUGCCCACAUUGUGUAAAGAACUUCAGUCAAUUAGGAGCCCUGAAAAGACAUGAGCGAGUGCAUACUGGAGAGAAACCAUAUCAGUGCACUUCAUGUGGGAAAACUUUCAACCAAUCAAGUCAUCUACAGACUCAUUUGAAAAAGCGUUGCCCAAAAUCACAAUGUGUGCAAAGUUCACCUUCAGGUCCAACAAGUAAAUCGUUAGAAAUUCAGAUGGACUUUCUCCCAACAGAUUUUAAUCAAAGAUUGUAAAGAGCUAAAAUUACCCAUAGUGGUGAUUGCAUUCAAAUAUUUACGGGAGAUUUUCUUGGCUGGGAUGCUUUGUAUGUUUGAGCAGCAUGACCACAAGGGAGGUUGCAUGUUGUUUCCUGUACUUCCAGUACCAUAGGAUAGGUCACAGUAUGCCGACUCACUGACAAGCACCAUCUUCUAUCAGACAUGUAUGCAUCAGCUCCAUUGUGUAUUACCUUCCCCUGUGGUGCGACUGGAAGUAAUCUUGUUCAUAUAAUCAGUGACGAGCGUGAUUCUGAGGUUGCAUUUUUCCCUUCAACAAUACAUUUUUACUCCACUGAUGGUUAGGUUUAGGUUUGGGGUUUGAGUUAGGGGGUUCAGUUUAUAAACAUUCAUCAUGCAUUCCUUUUUACCGUAUUACCGUCUGCACAGCUGAAAACAACUCGCUUCACAACUCGCUUUUGGUGCCCCUCUGUGGACAUUUCAACCAUGGAAAAUGGAGCUCACACAUGGCCAUAUGCCCAACAACACUUACCGCUUUGGCCACUGGGGGCAAUGUUUUGAAUUUUGGUAAGCACAGAUUGAUUGUAGCUAAAGAAAAGUCAGCCUAAUGUUUCCGAUUUCACUAUGAGAUCAGUCUGGUUUGAGAUGAGCUUGAGAUGUACCGACACACAGAAAACCUAAGACUACUCUCAUAUGAGUAGCCAUCAGAAGGCCCACAGAGAAUCUGUGCACACAAAACUCAGCAGAAUGCAUUCACAAAAUUCUACUCAUGGAAUGGCACAGAUUCACAACGAGAACUGCUAUAGACCAUUUCAAGAACUGUUCAUUGGUGACGUCAAGUGACGUCAUUGUUCCAUGAAGACUUCCUGUUUGUCAAAACAGAGACUAUUUAGCAGAGACGGGCCACUUCUAUUAAAAUGAAUAGGAGAAAUUGGAAUGCUCAAUGGCAGCCAACGGUCAACGGAUGUAGAAAGGAAGUCCGGCUUUACAGGUGAAAUAGCCAAUCACCUUUUAGAUACAGAAAUCACCUGUCAGUCAACUCAAGAACGUGCAUUAGCUAUACAAGACGGUAAAAUUGAAUUUUUUUGCGUAAUCUGAGGUAAAGAAACACAAAUUUAUGAGACCAGUUGUGACGGAACGACACGCCCCUCCCAUGGAUCAUCAUCGCCCCGCCUCGCGUGAUGGGGCUCGUGUGAUCUCAAUGAAGAGCCUCAUCAAUGCUGCGUAUAAACACAGAGCGCGCCUCUCCUCGGGAGACCGGUCUCUACCUGCAGGCAUCUUUGCAGGUCCAGGAACGGAGCGGGGAGUGUACGGUGCGAGUUAGAUGUGACGCCGGGGAUUGGAGCAUGCGUCGCGGACGAUGGCCCAGGAUGCCGGGCCGCUAUUCCCCUCAAGUGCCAAGGCCCAGGGAAGCCAGGCCGCUGGAGUGAAGCUGCCGCCCCACGUGCCUCAGACAAGGAGGGGAGUGCAUCAUAGGACCCUGCCCACUAUCACCUGGACCUACCCCUGUCUUCACUACUCUUCCUUCACAUAGCACUUUCCACGCAAGAACACCUUCAUAAAGUUCUGUAACAUCUGCCCUCUCAUCAUUGACAAACUACUGUUUAUUUCAAUGGUGGCAUUCUGGGUAGUGUGACAACUGAGCUUAGCAUUAAACAACACUAAUAAACACUUGCAUUUGGUAAUUCAGAUCAUGAAACUGAGAAAUUUACAAAAAUGUACAAUCCUUGACUUACAAGAUAUUUAAAGUAGGACUUACAGAGAGAUCACCUGAAUUAAACUUCAAAUUAUGUUAAAUAAAAUCUAUGUAGGACUCAAGAUCAAAAUGUCUGAUUUACAUGGCCUACAGAUAACAAUCGACCAAUAAUUAAACAGCUUAAUUUAAUAUCAGAGUUGAAUGUAAUUGUCAUAUCUGGAAAUGGACUUCAGAUAUCAAUAAAUUGAAGAAUAAUUAAAGAUCUUUAAAAGCUUUGUUAUUAGUUAUGAUAAAACUACUGAACAAUUACUGAUAUCAAACAUUUUUGUUCUUACUAGUAGACUAAGUAGUACAUUGUUGACAUGUAGGUGUCAGUAGGACAUACAUUUUAGUUAUCUGAAAUUGCGUUUAGAGUCAAUGACAGAUCGUUGUGAAAUUCUACUAGUAAAAAUGCAGUUAGAGAUGCUUUUACUAGUCACAUUUCCAUUUUUUAUAUCAAGAAUUGUUUUUUCUGCUAGUAAUGAUGUCAUUUGUAUAUAUAAAUACAUUUUUACAAGUGCAAACCUAAUUACUGUUGUCAAAAAUCUGCAUUUUCACUAGUAGCGUAGAUAAUUCCAUUGCUAAUGUCUAGAAACAGCAUUUUAACUAGUGAAAAUGUUAUUGAAUUGUAGUCUGUAAUUCAUCUCCUGCACAUGAUUAAAUGUCAAAAAGGCUUGUGAGAACAAUCUGCCAAAUGUCCUCUUAAGGCUUCAUUAAUCUACGACUUCUGAGCAUCUGAGCAGCCCAGAACAAUUCACCACUUCCAUGGCCCAUAAUAGAAUGUGGCGCUAGUGCACUAGUUAAGUAGCGAUCCGGUAUUAAAUAGAAGUAGAAAUGAAAACAAAACCAAAUUUAGUUUAAAUAGGAGUGUGAGAACAUCAGUGGUCCAGAACCCUGCAGGAAGAAACAUACGAAGAAACAAAUAGGUUAGUGACUAUUCUUGAUUGAACGCUCGGUCCAUUCGUGUUUUAAUCUCUAUUGAUUUGUGUUUGUUGUUGCUGUGUGCUCCUAUAGUCUAUAUGGGUGUAUCCUUAAAUAGAGCACAACAGUCUGGUUCCAGAAGUAAAAAUCCCAUUCAUUUAUCCCAUAGACAAAUUGAUUUUCAAGACUUGUAAAACAACAACCUUAUGUACUCUAGAUUGCCGUAUUACACUAUAUUUCUAUAUUAAUCAAUGUAUUACAAAAAUAAUACCAGUGUUAAAUGCACUGAAUACCAUAGGAAAUACAUGGACUGUCAUAUGCAUUCUAGUGGUUGUCAUGGAAAUUCUCUUAUAAUUAAAAAAAUAUUCAAAUACAUUUUUAAAAAGUAAGUUCACAUGAUAGAAGACACCUUAACUGAGGAAUACCUGUAGUGGCAGAUCAAAAGACCACUUUAUGUAAAAAUGAUGUAUUAAAAACUACACACUGAGUUUUGCAUUAAAGGGUUAAAUCAACAUUUAAAAUAUAAAAAAAAUCCAACAUUUCCAUUAGAAACACAGUCCAAACUCACUAAAAUGACAUUUUAAUAUGUAUAUAUUCAUUUGCUGUUUUGUUA